UAAGUUGUUAGGAAUUAUUAGAAAGGAUGAACGAAAAUUUUAUAUAAUGAUAUUUAUAUAAUAAUAUAUAGAUUUGUGAAAUGCCAUGUUUUCUUUAAAAUAAAGUCUUGGCAUCCAGGGCAAGAUGUUCUAAAUUUGCCUGGCGGUGAAUGUCCUAAUUCUUCGAAAUAAUUCACAUAUCAACCACGUAGUAGCGUUUCAAUAAAUAUUCAUUAAAUAAUUAUUAAAUAAUUAUUAAAUAAUAAUUAAAUAAUUAAUUUGAAGCAUUCUAGUAUGAACAAAAUUUGAGUUUAAAAUUUGGAACUUGUAUUCCAAGUCUUCACUUGAUGCCAAAAGCCUAUAUAAGAACAUUAUAGAUUGUGGAUGUUUAUGUAAUUCCGUAUUUUAAUAAACAGAAUUAAUGAAAUUUGUUUUAUCUCUUAAAUAUUGAAUAUUUCAUAUAUUUUGUCUUAUAUUUAUUGUACAAUUUUACACUCUUACAUUUUCCAUAAACAUCCACAGUAUUUCCAAGGAUAGUAAAGGCGGGUACUCAUCCUCUGGAACAGUUAACAAAUUUUUUUUGUGAUGGUUUUGUAACCGCUAUUCGAUCUUUUCAUGAAAUAAUUACUUCUUAUAACAAAUUGACAAACAGCCCACGAACAACAUUUAAAUACAGUGGUGUCAUAGGAGAUGUGGAGACAUAGGUAGUUAUAUAGAUUGCAUAAUUGUGAAUUAAGGGUAGGAUGCAAAUCAAGCAGUGCGAAAAAGACAAUACAACUAGUGUAUACGACCAUAGUGUAUGCAAACAUAAUAUAUAUAAUUAUGGUGAAAGAUAUAUCUGCAUGUGUCAAAUCAUUGAUAUGACUGGAGAUGCACCUUAAGAGUGUCAGCUAACAUCUAAACAUUCUAAACAUAUUACCUUCUAAUAACUUUUAUUUCUUUAUUUUCCUAGUAUCUACAGAUUUGAAUAAUUUAAAUAAUCAUAAUGGUUCGGUUUCAAAGUAUGACACCACAAGAGUAUAAAGAAAAGCAUGAAAAUUUUAAGAUAAUCCAUGGUUUUCAUACUACACCUUUUGGGGAUUGCUUAAUUGGCAUUACUAACACUAACAAGGCAAUUAUUCAUUUGGCUUUUGUUGAUAAAAAUAAUGAAGAAGCUUUGAAUGAAUUAAAGAACGAUUGGCCUCUUUCAAAAUUGGUCGAAGAUACCUCGAACGAAACAAACAAAAUUAUAGAAAAAAUCUUUUCCCGAUGUGUAACUGUGGAUGAUUCUAUUUCUGUUCUCAUGAAGGGUACACAGUUCCAAAUAAAAGUUUGGAAAGCCUUGAUGCUUAUUCCACAUGGUACAACUGUUACUUACGAACAAGUUGCGUGUAAUAUAGAUAACCCAAAAGCUGUACGAGCUGUUGGAAAUGCGGUCAUGAAAAAUAAUAUUGGUUAUUUGGUGCCAUGCCAUCGCGUAGUAGGUAAAUCUGGCAGUAACAAAUAUAAAUGGGGAACGAAGCGUAAAGAGAAUAUUCUCUUGUAUGAGCAUGAUCAUGUAAACACUUAAGUUUAUUUUUUAUAUGUUUACAUACUUCUAUCAUUUUUUUAUUAAUUUAUAGUUUAAUACAAAGAGAUGUAGUUUAUGUAAUAUGGUACGAUUUUAUAAGUUCUGUUACUUACGAAUUGUUUAUUUCGUAGUAUAUAUAAAUAUAAAAAUUUAGGCACCAAAAAUUUCCUGAUAUUUGCAUAGAUUAUGUAAAAUAGACACUGGAUAAUAUAAAAAGAAAAUUGUUUAUUUUUAUACAUUAAAAAUUAUUUUUAUUAUCUUUAAAUACAAGUAUGCAGUAUAAUUUAUGUACACUUAAAGUAAUUAAUAAUUUAAGCUGUAAUGAUAAAUCCAUUGCACUCUUGCACACAGUAACAGGAACACUAUGAUACUAGGAUGGUCUUCAGCAUUCACAAUAAUUCUAAGAUGGUAGUAUAAAUUAAACAUAAAUAAAAUUGUGUAAUUUUAUAUUUCAAUUUAGAUAGUUAUCGAUAUAUGUAACUGUUUUGUAUAAAAAAAUGCACCUUAAGAAUUUUUUAA